UCCCCACAUCAGAGAGGACGACGGCUGGACUGAAGCCAGGCGAGAAGCUUUGUGGUCCGAAUAUGCCGACCACAUGGUGCUGCUGGGCUCUGCUGCUGUCAGUCAUCUCUCUGGUGCUCGGAGCGGACUCGAGAUCAGCAAACGGCCAAAAGUCCAAAAUGAAGUCCUACUGGUCCGCUAGUAGCAAGGCAGCUCAGACUCUGUCAGUCAGCCGCUUUAUGGCCCGCACGUUGGACGGCAAGGACAACUUUACCCCGGUGGACCUGGACUUCCACAUGGAGGAGGAUUUGGAUUCGGAUUCCAAGCAGUGGACCUGGCUCUCCAACUACUCGGCUUCUUCGGCCUCGGGAGGACGCUCCCGGGCCAAGAGGAGGCCCAUCGUGAAGACAGGCAAGUUCAAGAAGAUGUUCGGCUGGGGCGACUUCCACUCCAACAUCAAGACGGUCAAGCUCAACCUGCUCAUCACCGGCAAGAUCGUGGACCACGGCAACGGAACCUUCAGCGUCUACUUCCGACACAACUCCACCGGGCAGGGCAACGUGUCGGUAGGGCUGGUCCCGCCCAGCAAGGCGGUGGAGUUCCACGUCCAGCACCACCAGCAGCAGGAGCUGCGCGUCCAGCAACAGACGGCGGUGGAGAGCAAGGAGAACAAGCUGUUCAACUGCCGCGUGGAAUACGAGAAGGUGGAACGCGGCACCCGAAACUCGCUGUGUGCCCACGACCCGUCGCAGAGUUGCCCUCAGGACCAGACCCAGAGUCACGUCUCCUGGCUGUGCUCCAAACCUUUCAAAGUCAUCUGUAUCUUCAUCACCUUUCACAGCACCGACUACAAGCUGGUGCAGAAGGUGUGUCCCGACUACAACUACCACAGCGACACGCCCUACACGCCCACCGGUUGACUGCCACCGAGGAGGAGGCAAGCGGACUCAUCCUGGUCCCCCCCCCCCCCAGCCUGGAGGCCGGCGACGGGGCGUUCAGGGAAGCUUGGACAUCUCCCUCAAAGUGAAUCAUGUAAAUACACAGACGCCACUCAGCCAGCGUUUUAUCUUUUGUUUUUAUUUCUCAUCUGUGGCUUUUUCCGCCUCAAUCACAGACGCCAAUCAGACUCCAACAAUCAGUCGGCGGGGCCUGAUUUUGAUUUCUACUGUUCAUCACGGGAGUUACGCUCAUGAUGAUUGAGAGUCUGCACUAUAAGGAGACCGUUAAAAAAAAAAAAACGUCAAGUAUUCUUUCACACUGCUGUAAAAAAAAAGGGGAGAUUAUUGUAUACUACUACAUUGAUCACAACACAAAUAAGAGGUCAAGCGUGCUUGCUUCAAGCUAUUAUUAUUCUCACUAUUGCCAUUUGGGGGGAGCACAUCAAUUUUUUCACAGAUUUUCAGGGCUUUACUGUAAUUAUUCUGUGUUGCAAGGUGUCACAUAUAAAAGUGUGUUUAUUGUGCGUCAUGUGUUUAAAAGAGCCCCGAACCUGUGGGGCUGUGACCAAUCACAUCCAGUGAAUGAAUAAAAUAUACAGAAACA